AUGUGUUGGACGAAUCAUGUCUCAGCACCCAACAACUUGAGAAAGGAGCCAAUAGGGUGUAGCCACUCAUUCCAGGAAGAUAGGAUCAAGGAAGUGAUGAUCAUCUUGAAUGGACCAAUCAGGUUCAGCUACCCAGCAGCUUGGAAAAUGGACCAAUGGAAAGGUGCCAUUCAAGUUGAGUGGAUAAUGAUGGAGGGAGCUGCUGUAGGCGUGCCUCAACACCAUUGGUCCACACAGGGGAAGAGGUGGCGCCAUUCUGGUGGAGGAGAUCACUCACCUGCUUCACUUCCCAGCCUAUAA